CACCGUAAACACAACCGCCUUUCUCUCUGCCUCCUCCUUGUGCCUACCCCUGCUGGUCUCGGCUCUGCUGCGGCUCCAAAGCAGGUGAAAAUGGCAGGGUCGACUUACAGCGAGGACCGCUACUAUACAAAGAUAGCGUCUAUUCAGCAAAACAUGCAUAAGAGUGAGAAGCGCAGACUGGAGCUGGAGAGGGAGCUGUUUGCUUACUCCAGAUCAGAUGCAAGAAUCUUGCAGAUAAAGUGUUCCAAACUGCGCAGCUAUCUCAAAGAAAUCUGUGGCAGGGAAGCACGAGCGAAAAUGAGAAACCUUCAGCUUAAGAGAGAUGUGGAGUGCAUGGAAAUUAGCAUGAAGGAGUACAGUUUUGACCAUGGGCCCCUGCAACAACAAAAGGCUGACUUCUUGGGAAAGAUUUCCAGAUUCACUGAAGCGAGCAGCAAGACAGAGGAGCUGGAAGCAGCAAAGAUUAAAGCUGUGCAAAGACGACAGUGGGACAACAGCAAGAACUUUAAGCAAGUGGAAAUUUUUAUGGACCGCCAGACCUCCAGGGGCUAUGAUGCCGAAGCUGGCACCACAAGUGUACACUCACACCAAGCAGUGCAGCGUUCGCCCAAUCGCAGCGUUCAGCCGUGCGAACGUCUACCGAGUGGCCUUUUGAAGGACUUCAGAGUUGGCGGAGAGGAUGCCGCCAGUAAGCGAGCGCAUUUAUCAGAUGACAUUUCAAGCUCAAACGAUUCCCCUGACGGCUGUAAUUUGAGUGACAAACAUGAAAGAGUGUCGGGGCUGCUCCCAUCUGCUCGCGCCUCAACAGCGGCAGCUGGUUGUGUGGCUUCUGCAAGUGAUGAUGAACGAGAAGCUUCACCUCUGGUGACCUUGACGAGGUCUGAGAAGAAUCCAUUUCCCGGCAACGGUAACCCUGCAAUGGCUAAGAAUCCCGCUGCAGAACCCACUGACUCCCAAGAGGUGGCUCGCAAGCCUCUCAUAAUGGGAGAUGAAGAGAGAGGUCUUAGCCAUUUGAAGCCUGAAACCACUUUCAGAAAAGGAGCUCAAGAGACAUCAGGAAAAUGUGAGAGUGUUGGAGAAUCAUGCUCAGAUGUGCAGUUGUCAGAGAGCAGUUCCAGUGACCUGACAAUUUCUUUGACACAAUCGGAGCUCGAGGAGGAUUUACCAGUGGAGGCAGCAUCAGAGAGAAAUGCCUCUUGCAGAGGAAGUGGUGAUCACAAACAGCAUCGUCCUGAUUCAUCCCCCCACUCUGAUGAGUCUAAGAACAGAGAGCGGUUAAACGGUGAAUCCUCAACACCGGGGGUGACUUUGAAAAGCCUCUCCCUGGAAGGACUCUUUAAUCUGCUAGACAGCAUCGAAGGGCGACUCCACGGCGAGCAGAGCCACGUGUACAGAGAUUCCUCAAUAGAUGGGAGACAACUCAAUAGGAUUAUCAGCCUUUGUGGCGAUGGAGCGGGCUUGAUUGACGAGGACCUUGAAGCAUGUGGAACUGUCGUCCUUCAUGAGCUUCGGAGGUUGUCAUGGAGCACGGAGAAGGGCUGCGUGCUACCGGAGGAGCUGGUGAGAGCGCAUCAGCCUAACACUGAGCCAAAUGAAAUAAGCACCAGCCUCCCUCCCAAUGCGGCUCGGCUGUGGGAUCGCUGGUUCAAGCACGCCCUUGUACUCAAGGAGAGCCGUGUCCUCAGCACUGAGCGCCUGGUCCAACUAUUUACGCCGCUUCUGCUGGAGCGUGAUGCCGACUACAGCCAGCAGGCCAAAGUGUUGCUGAGGGCACUUCUCUCCCGGUCCAGUGAGGAGGGCCCCUCAGCAGAGGAUGAGAGUGACUCUUCUUCUUUGUGCAAUAAUUCCUCCGCCUUGGCGGACGCAGACGUGGAGCCCUCCCGAUCGUUACGCACGCAACACAUCCAAGAACUACAAAGCACUGAAGAGGACAGCCAGGACAAAAGCCUGGUGGAAAGUGGUCCUAUUAGAGAGACAAAAGCAUAUCAGUUACUUAAACAGUCAGCCAUGCAGAAAAGACUGCCGAGUUCUGAAGAGGAGGAGGAGGAAAGCAGCUUUUCGGGAAUAAAUCAUGGCCAUGAAGAGGACCUGGGGAGGGCCAAACGCUCCUCACAUCAAGACCCUUACCCUCGGAAGGGAAGUUCAAAGGUUCAUUCUGCUUUGCAAACAAAAGACUUUUGGCAGGAAUCUGAUGACAGCGACUUCGAGAUUGAAGCAGCCCUACGUCCUCCGACUUUCAGCGCAAACAGUGAUGGCAGCCAUGACUUUUAUCAUUGAUGUUUCUGCAGUGCUCUGUAUUAUAUCAGUGUGAGACAUGUGGCAGAUCGGCUCUUAGUUAUUCACCCCCUGACCAUACUUUUAUUGGUCUGCAUUCUAAAUCAUAUGCACAGCAUAUUGUAAAAACAAAUAAUAAAGUUGACAGCUCUCACGCUGGAUAAAGUAUGUGAAGAGUUGUCCAACGCUCUGAUGUUAA